AUGGGAAACAAUAUGACAUUGAUCACAGAGUUCAUCCUGCUGGGAUUUCCUCUGGGCCCAGGGAUGCAGAUGCUUCUCUUUGUCCUCUUCUCUCUGUUCUAUGCCUUCACCCUCCUGGGAAACGGGACCAUCGUGGGGCUUAUCUGCCUGGACUCCAGACUCCACACUCCCAUGUACUUCUUCCUGUCCCACCUGGCCAUCGUUGACAUUGCCUAUGCCUGCAACACCGUGCCCCAGAUGCUGGCGAACCUCCUAGAUCCAGCCAAGCCCAUCUCCUUUGCUGGCUGCAUGACUCAGACCUUUCUCUUUUUGACGUUUGCUAUCACUGAAUGCCUGCUCCUAGUGGUGAUGUCCUAUGACCGGUACGUGGCCAUCUGCCACCCACUCCGCUACUCCGCCAUCAUGAGCUGGAAGGUCUGCAGCACCAUGGCUGUGACGUCCUGGAUCAUUGGGGUGCUCCUGUCCUUGGUUCAUCUGCUGUUACUUCUACCUUUACCCUUCUGUGUGGCUCAGAAAGUCAAUCACUUUUUCUGUGAAAUCACAGCUAUUCUCAAGCUUGCCUGUGCAGACACACACCUCAAUGAGACCAUGGUCUUAGCUGGAGCGGUGUCUGUGCUUGUGGGACCAUUCUCCUCGAUUGUGGUCUCUUAUGCUUGUAUCCUUGGCGCUAUCCUGAGGAUCCAGUCAGGGGAGGGUCAAAGGAAAGCCUUUUCCACAUGCUCCUCCCACCUCUGUGUGGUCGGAUUAUUUUAUGGUACAGCCAUCGUCAUGUACGUUGGACCCAGACACGGGAACCCAAAGGAGCAGAAGAAAUACCUUCUACUGUUUCACAGCCUUUUUAACCCCAUGCUCAACCCCCUGAUCUAUAGUCUCAGGAACUCUGAUGUGAAGAAUACUUUAAGGAGAGUUCUGAGGAUGCAGAGAGUUUUGUGA